AACAGGAAAACCAAAAACUUCCUGCCAACUCAGACACACACAGGCAAAUAAAGAAAAGAAAUCCGUGAGCAAAUUAUGAACCUUAGGACCUCUGCCAUACACAUGUAAAGAUCUUCAGUGAGUUGAUUUCAUCCUCAGAAGCAUUCAUGAAUCUUAGCGAGGAGGAAUGUACUCCUCUAAUGAUCAGAGACCGUGGAGGCAGCCAGAGGUCCAGUUCAAGCACUGGUGCUAGUCUGCAAGUACACUUGUACUUCUUCCCUCCAACUAAAAAUGCAAUGACAAUACAUAUAUCAUCUGGCCAAGUCUCUGCUGAAAAUGUUUGCAUCCAAGCUGCCAAAAGAUGCGGAAUCUUACCAGUUUAUCAAAGUUUAUUUGGUUUGGCAUCUGGUGGUCUCUCUUUCUGGUAUCCUCCAUCACAUAUGUUCAACACAGAAGAAAACAUACAGGUCCACUUCAGAGUGAGGUUUUUCUUUGGAAACUGGUAUGGACAGGGAUCAAGAAUGUCAUACCGCUACAGUCUAACCAGAGACAGAAUUAGUCCUGUGCUUGACUACUCUGUCAUUGACUAUCUCUUUGCCCAGGUACGAAAUGAUUUCAUCACAAGUGAAGCUGGAGUGGCUCCACCUUUGAGUGUUCAAGAUGAAUGCCUUGGCUUGGCUGUGCUGGACUUGUGGAGGAUAGCAAAGGAGGAACAUCUGAGUGUUAGAGAGCUCUGCAAGAUCAUUAGCUACAAAUCUUGCCUUCCUGAGUCACACCGCCAUGACAUUCAGAAACGCAAUCGCCUGGAUCGCUAUCGAAUCAGAAAUGCUCUCCAAAGUUUCCUGAAAAAGCUUGGAAAUAGCUUUGUGGACGAGUACAGCCUGAAACUGAAGUACUUGGUUCAAAUGGCUGGCAUCGUUCCCACUUUAGGAAGUGAAGUAUACCACGUCAGCGCUGGGUCUUCUCACGCCGCUGGAAUGUUCACCCAUGUGAAAGUCUCUGGGGAAAUUGGAAUUCAAACCAGCGGAAGUUGCUAUCCUGAUGGUUCUUUGGAGUGGCAGAGUUUCUGUGAUUUCCAGGACAUCAUUGCCAUCAGUAUGAAGCGGGUAGCUCAUGAGCAGGGAAACAGCAGGAUGGUGACUGUAUUUCGUCAUGAUGACAGAUACAUGGAAGCCAAUUUCCAGAGUCGCAGAGAAGCGCUCUCAUUUGUGUCGCUGGUUGAUGGCUACUUCAGACUGACCACAGACUCCAUCCACUACUUCUGUCAUGACACUGUGCCUGAAAGUAUUCUGGAGGGUAUCAAAAACCAUUACCACGGCCCAAUCACAUCGGAAUUUGCAGUUGACAAGUUGAAAAAGUUCGGUGCUAAAGGUGGAACAUUCCUACUCCGGCAAAGUCCCAGAGAUUUUGAUAACUUCUUCCUCACUGUUUGUAUUCAGACUCCGCUUGGACUUGAUUACAAAGAUUGUCUCAUCGUUAAGAAUGAGCACUAUCGUCUUCCUGGUGUCCAGAAGUCCUUUUCCAGUUUGAGAGAGCUCACCAGCUUUUACCAGCAAAAAAAACUUGUGCUGGAUAAUGUGCCUACCAAGCUCGGCCAUUGCUGUCCUCCCAAGCCCAAAGAGCUUACAAAUCUCGUCAUCAUACGCAACGGAAUCUCUGUUGAGGUCCGAGGGUCCCCAACACCUGAGAGGAAAAUGUUCAGUCAUAUCCAGUUCCACAUGAUCAAAUAUGAAGACCUAAAAUGGGGGGAAAGCCUUGGACAAGGAUCCUUUACACGAGUUUUCAAAGGCUCGAAAACAGACAUUCAUGAUGGGGAGAAACAUGUGACUGAUGUUCUACUUAAAGAACUUGAUGGGGGUCACAAGAACUGCUGGGAAUCCUUCUUUGAAGCUGCCAGCAUAAUGAGUCAAAUCUCACACAAACACCUCCUCUUGGUUUAUGGCAUCAGUAUCCAUGGAACAAAAAAUAUAAUGGUCCAAGAGUUUGUAAAGUACGGGGCCCUCGAUCUUUACCUGAAGAGGGGGCGAUCUGUGUCAGUGAGCUGGAAACUUGACGUAGUCAAACAGCUCGCAUGUGCUCUCAACUUUCUGGAGGAAAAUAACAUUGUCCAUGGAAAUAUCUGUGCAAAAAAUCUUCUACUGGCCAGAGAAGGUGACACAUCUCAGGGCAUCUCUCCUUUUAUCAAGCUAAGCGACCCUGGCAUCAGCGUUGCAAUGAUGGGCAGGGAUGUUAUCCUGGACAGAAUUCCUUGGGUUGCCCCUGAGGUGCUGGAGGCUCCAGACAAACUGACCUUGGAGUGUGAUAAGUGGAGCUUUGGUGCCACGGUGUGGGAGAUUUUUAAUAAUGGCAAUGCUCCACUGCAAGACUGGGACCUUGAACAGAAGCAGCAAUUUUAUGAGAGUUUCCAGCAGCUGGCGCCCUCUCAGUGGACAGAGUUGGCCGAGCUGAUCAGUCAGUGCAUGAACCACAAGGCCGUCUUCAGACCAUCAUGUCGUAGCCUCAUCCGUGAGCUCAACAGUCUCAUCACAUCAGAUUAUGAGAUACUUCAUGCCACUGAGCCUGUCACCCUCAACCCUGUGUGUCAAGCAUCUAGUCAUACACUGCAGGACCAGACUUUGUUUGAGGAGCGACACCUACGGUACAUCUCCCUACUCGGAAAGGGAAAUUUUGGAAGCGUCGAACUGUGUCGUUACGACCCACUGGGAGAUAACACAGGCGAGAUGAUUGCUGUGAAGAAGCUCCAGCCUAAUAAGGAAUCAACCCUGGAGGAUUUUCGUAAAGAGAUCAAAACCCUCAGCAUGAUGUGCUGCGACUACAUCGUCAAGUAUAGAGGGGUCUGCUACAGCAUGGGGCGGCUCACGAUGAGUUUGGUGAUGGAAUAUUUACCACAUGGAAGUCUUAUUGUGUAUACAGAAAUCAACCGACACAACAUUAAUACCAGGCGCAUGCUACUCUUUGCUUCACAGAUCUGUAAAGGCAUGACAUACCUGCAGACUCUACGCUAUGUGCACCGAGACCUUGCUGCCAGAAAUAUCCUUGUGGCUAGUGAAUCGCUGGUUAAAAUUGCUGAUUUUGGACUGACCAAGAUUGUUCCUUUGGACAAAGAGUACUACAGAGUCAAACAGCCUGGAGAAAGUCCCAUCUUCUGGUAUGCCCCAGAAUCCAUCAAUGAAUUUAGGUUCUCCCAAAAGUCAGAUGUGUGGAGUUUUGGAGUUGUUCUUCAUGAGCUCUUUUCCUACUGCGAUGUAAACUCCAGCCCCAAAAAGCUAUGUAUGCAGGAGAUUGGAACUAAUGUGCAUGGAUUAUCCGUUUCAAUGCAUCUGCUAAAUAUCCUCAAGGACAACUGGAGGUUGCCUACCCCUCCAAACUGCCCACCCAAGGUCUACGGUUUGAUGAGGCAGUGCUGGGUUUACAACUUUGAGGAGAGACCGUGUUUCUCCAGCCUGGAGGAUCAAAUAGAAAUCAUCAUGCAAGAAGAGGCUCAGAAGGAGAUCCCGACAGGGAGAUCCUCUCACACUGCUUCAAAAAAUGUCACCACAUCAUGUUUACAGCGACUGAGUGAACAUUAAGGUCAUCUGUACAAGCGCUUUCCAGCAGGAUCUCAAUGGUUAAAACACACACAGGAAGGGAAAGUGUGGCAAUAAUCUUACAUUUGACUCCAUUUGUUAAAAAGUUUGAGUCCUGUUACAUUGUCACAUUAAAGUCAUUUUAAGAAGACAA